AUGGACAAUCCCAACUCAUCUUGGGUCAAUCAUAGAGGAGCAUGGGUCACGAAUGUAGCAAUGAUCGUCGGCUUGAAAAUCGUAUUCUCUUCCAUACCUGGCAUGUCAUCUGAAGCAUCAUGGACAUUGACCAAUCUAAGCUACAAUCUGGGAACAUUCAUCAUGUUUCACUGGGUGUCUGGAACGCCCUUUACACUGAACCAGAACGAAAAUGCCGACUUGACUCUAUGGGAGCAAAUGGACGGUGGUCUACAAUUCACUCCUUCGAAAAAGUUCCUCUUUGGAUUGCCAAUAGUGCUCUUCCUACUGAGUACACACUACACACACUACGACUUUGCCACAUUCAUGAUCAACCUAACAUCAUUAAGUGUCGUCUUGGUGUCGAAACUCCCAUCCAUGCAUAUGAAACGGCUAUUUGGUGACGAUAUUAUACCUGCCGAUAAAGGUGACUAG